AGAGACCUGGAAGAGAGGAGAGCAUUCACUGAAAACAAGCUUUUCUGUCCUGGAAGAAAAGACGAAGAUGGUUUCUUUUGCUUAUUUACUAACCAUUUUGGUUACCAUUCAACUCAGCUUAUCUGGCUCCAACUCCCUUGUGUUAGGCUUGAGGAAGAUCUGCCCAUUGUGCAAUGGGCCCUCAGGGGACCUCAAGGGCCACCGAGCUGAACGUUUAUCCGGCGAGGAGAUCACAUCCAUGUUGGCAUUAGAUGAACCCUGUGGGGUUUACACCCUACCGUGUGCUCAGGGUCUCCGGUGUAUCCCUCUUCCCGGCGAGCAAAGCCCCCUUCAGGCACUGCUUCAAGGACGAGGGGUCUGCAAAAGCAUCAAGAGCACCAUUACUGACAUUCCUCCACUCACAGACUAUCAACCAUCAACCACUGAUAACAAUGAAAAGGGUCCUUGUCGCAAACUGUUAAACACAGUCCUCCAAAGCAUUGAGCUCACAAUCAUUCAUUCAAUUCAGGACAUCUACAUCCCCAACUGUGACAGACAAGGGUCCUUCAGGAGGAAACAGUGUCGCUCAUCAAGGGGAAUGCAAAGAGGCCAGUGCUGGUGUGUUGAUGACAAAGGAUCAAAGAUGUCAUCCCGUAAAAGAAACGAUGGAACUAUCUCAUGUAACAGUGUCUGAGAAUUAUGACAUAAAUCUGGACCUGAAAUGUGUUUAGAAAGGACUGAAAGAGAUGACAAACACUGACAACUCAAUCCUUUACAAUCCUUCAUCUCCC